CUCUAUGGUCGACAUGUCACUUAAAACAUGUCGAAUUAUUAAAAUUGAAACACAGUUUUUUUUAGAUUAAUGCCACAAAAUCAAAGCAACAGUUGUAUUAUUUCAGAUCUAAUAUAGAAUAAAUAUAUUGGUAUGCUUACUUUACUUAAUAUUGAAGAAAUAAUUGCGAAAUGGAUUCCAACGCCGAAAGGGAACAGCUGCUUGUAAACAAUCCUUCAAAACCACCAGCAGUCAAAUGUGAUAUUGUUAAUGAAUGUCAAAUGUUCUUAAAAGCUGAGGAAGGAGGUGGUGAUGCUCCCACAAACAUGAAUCAAAAUACAUCAAAUAGUGAUAGGCCUAACUUUAUUACAUCUACUCCUUAUCCAGCAAAAGAAAUAUUAUCAGAAGAUGUUACAGCAGAUCUUAUAGCGGAAGGUAAUGUUGAAGGCAAUGAAAGAGAUUCACCUGAGGAAGUAGCCAAACAGUCAGAAGAUGGAUUGCCAAGCACAGUAACAGUGCUUGACGCUCCGGAUGGAGGCAAGGUGUAUUUGGUAGGAACUGCUCAUUUCAGUUUAGAGUCACAAGAGGAUGUCUCAAAGGUGAUACAAAAAGUUUGUCCACACAUUGUGAUGGUAGAGUUAUGUGAUCAAAGAACUAAUAUCUUAUUACUCGAUGAAGAAAUUAUACUGAGAGAAGCUAAGAAUAUUAAUAUAGCUAAGAUAAGGGCCACAAUGGCACAAAAUGGAGUUUUUAAUGGCCUGAUGUACAUUCUACUGCUGAACAUGUCAGCGCAUAUUACGAGAGAACUCGGUAUGGCUCCUGGAGGCGAGUUUCGACGAGCUAUGGCUGAGGCCAAGAAGAUUCCAAAUUGUAUCGUCCAAUUAGGUGAUCGUUCUAUAAAUGUAACUUUACAAAGAGCCAUAUCGUCCUUAUCCUGGGGACAGACGAUACGAUUUGUAUGGCACUUGCUCACAUCUAAUCAGAAUAUCAGUUUAGAAGAAGUAGAACGGUGUAAACAGAAGAAGAUGCUAGAAGAUAUGUUAGAAGAAAUGGCAGAGGAGUUCCCACCACUGAAACGUGUCUUUGUCGUCGAAAGGGAUAUGUAUCUAUGUCACUCCUUACAAGUGGCUGCUUUACAACCGCGUCGGGAACCAUGUAGAAUAGUAGGUGUUGUCGGCAUCGGUCACGUGGCCGGUAUUGUGGAACAUUGGGGAAAAAUUGGACCCCAAGAUAUCACCCCGUUGAUGAAGGUGCCGCCGCCGUCGCUGUCCACACGAGCGCUGCGCGUGUCGGUGCGCGUGGCGUGCGUGGGCGCGCUGCUGCUGGCCGCCUACAAGCUCGUGCCGCGCCGCUGGCUGCCCUGAGACGAAAUGACUCGCUUUUUCACGAAACCAAUGAAGUCUUCGUCGAUCUAUGGAUACGUUUAACAUAGAUCGAAUAGUGAAAUAUAUAUUUUUAUAAAUAAAUUAUAUCGUAAAUGAAAAUGAGGAAUUCAAAUUGUGUUACAAUUAUUAUUGAGUUCAUUUGUGGUAUAUUAUUGUAUAAUCUGUAUAUUUGAUCCUAAUUCAAUUUUAAUAAAAUGUAAACAAAGUUUUAAAUCUUUAACAGAUAACGAAGUAAAAUGUUAACUUUUCGGCAUUAUGUGAUUGUUGUCACUCUGUGUUUGUUAAUAUUUUAUAUAAAAUGCAAUUCUGAAUGUGAAUUGAUGUCUGCCGUCGCAAGAUUUGACCAUAUCAGAUAUUACAACAAUAAUAUAUAUUAAAACAUUUUAUUCGUAGAUAAUUAAGUUUUUUUUUUUUUUGAAUUGCACCGGUACUAACAUAACAUGCCUUUGUUGAUGUAUAAAUAUAAAAAAAAUAAGUAAGUAAUAGUUUUUUUUAUAAAUAUACUAUUUAUGGUUU